AUGGCCAAGGUCAUUUUCACCCCCUGGAAGGAGCACUCCUCAUUACUCGCGGUGCGGGGACAAUUCUACCCUGCGCCAUUCUACGAUGGGCCAGACAUGCGCUCCAAGGCCUGCGCCACGGUUGGGGCCUGGAAACUACGAGGAAAUCUGCCCCAUCCGGUCGAGGCCACGGCCUUGCUAACGGAUGCCAUUCUUCAUGAUGAUGCGCAGAAAAAUUCCAUAUUCUCUAUUAGAGCCACGUAUUCGGCUGCGUUUUGUCGAUUCGUGACUGGCCUCGUUGACUCUAAGCUCAACGGCCAACGAAAGACCAUGUUCCAGAGAGCCAUUGACCUUGGAUUACCGGCCUCGUUCGUGGAACUGCGCCACGAGGCCACGCAUCGUGAGCUGCCUUCAUUGACAGUGUUGCGGAAUGCUACGCAGCGGUCUCUUGAAUGGCUCUGGGAUUACUACUGGGCCAAGACCGAUCUGAGUGCCGAUAUGGUGCCUGGAGUGUCUGAACCUGGGAUGUUUGAUGGGGCUGAUGAUGAUGUCGAGCCCAUCAAGGCGGCUGCCAGGGAUAGCUUGGAGCAGUUGCUGGUAGAGGAAGAGUCGUCAGAACCGCCCCGGAAGAAGAGGCGGUUUCAACAGAAUGUGUCUUUUGCGUCUACGCAUUUGGUCUCGAUAUGCAAGUCCUCUAGCUACGGGGCGUCUACGCUGGCGAAUGUUAUUGUGGAAGACUCGAUAUUGGUUCCUGCAGGACGGAAGAUUGGUGAUUCCAUGACGGAAACAUUCUCCAAAUGGGAUCCGUUACUGCAGAUGCUCGCAGAGGGCCAUGCUCCGGUCCUGGCAGCGCUGGCAGAGGAAUUGGUGAACGUACUCGCCUUUUCAGACUCGAGGAACCUGAAGAAUGACCCCCAUCUCGAAGGAACAUACAUGUGGCUGGACCAUAUCCUUCGUUCGCCGGAAUGGGAGUCUCGAGGGCGACUACUCUCCCACGCGUACAUUCUCGCUGUUUGCGAGCAGAGUUCCAACCACUGGACGGCGCUUCUGGGAGAGACCAUACAGGAGAAGAGUGGUCAAACCGCUGGAAAGGUAUCAGCGUCAAGUCAGUCCAAGACCGAGUCUGGACUCAAGCGGACCGAAGACGCUGAAGACCUGAAGGAGCUGAAGAAAUUCGGAUGGGAAACCGUAGAUACAUGGGAUACGCGGCCGUUAGGGAUACAGGUUCAGCAUUCACAAACCCUUAUGUCCAUGUGCCUUACCAGAGCUGUCUGGUCAUCCGUGAGGUUUCAACCCGUGAGAGCAAGAGUGCCAGCGCCAGCGCGACAAAUCAGAGCCAUGCAUGUGCAGUCGAUCCCGAUAAUUACCCCAAGGUACUUGUUUUCCUCUUCCUUGCUGACCCCGCCAGGGACCGGGAAGGGCAACAACUAUGCCUACCUGGUGACGGACGAGCCGACCAAGCAGUCUGUCAUUAUCGACCCGGCCAAUCCGCCCGAAGUGGCCCCGAAGCUGCAACCUAAGAUCGACGCGGGGGAGAUUACACUCACGGCUAUUGUCAGCACACAUCAUCACUGGGAUCAUGCCGGCGGAAACAAUGAAAUGCUGAAAACCUUUGGCCAACUACCCGUCAUUGGAGGCAAGGACUGCCAGGCUGUCACCAAGACCCCGGCCCAUGGUGAAGUGUUCAAGAUUGGAGAGCGCAUCUCUGUCAAGGCUCUGCACACGCCCUGCCAUACGCAGGACAGUAUCUGCUACUUUAUGCAGGAUGGUGAUGAGAAGGUUGUCUUUACUGGAGAUACCUUGUUCAUUGGAGGAUGUGGUCGGUUCUUCGAGGGCACUGCCCCGGAAAUGCACAAGGCGUUGAACGAGACGCUGGCAGCGUUGCCAGAUGAUACCAAGGUUUAUCCUGGCCAUGAAUACACCAAGGGAAAUGUCCAGUUCUGUCUGGCUGUGUCGCAGUCGGAGCCUAUUAAGAAGCUGGAGGCUUUUGCAAAUGAGAACAAGGAGACGCAGGGAAAGUUUACUAUUGGCGAUGAGAAGCUUCAUAACGUGUUCAUGCGUGUCAAUGACCCUGAGAUCCAGAAGAAGACGGGCAAGACGGACCCGGUUGAGGUGAUGGCAGCGCUGAGAGAGAUGAAGAACAGUAUGUAA